AGAGGCAAAUUGCCGGUGUAAAUGAUCAUAAUAAUAGCAACACAAGAGGCGGGAGUGUAACGUGAGUCAGUGGCGGCGGCCGGUGCGGGCUGUGACCCCCCACCGUACCGUGCACUGGGCGUCAUGUCAUACAAGUUCUCCCAUAUAAACAAGCUGUAUUAGGUGCCUUGUCACAGCAGAAGCCCCCUGCGGGGUGUGCCCCUCCUGCUGGAAGGCCUCUCAUUGUCACUGCCCCGACAAGCUGGCAGGGAGGAGCAGUGGUCAUUACCUGCAUCCUGCCACCUUAUCAAGCCUAGUGCUGGCGCCAUCUGCAUUGUAUACUGGUGCAGCCUUCGUGAAGAUUGAUGUCUGGCAGAGAUCACUUAUAGGAAUCCAAACUUCCUACACCGGUAUUCAAGCACGUUGCUUCCAGAAGUAGAUGACAAUUGCAUUUUUAAAAACGGACUGCCUUCUAAUGUAAUGUACAUAUCCCGGGACAUAUAGAGCAUGCUAAAACCUGUGCCUUUUCACAUAGUUAGAAGCCCGUGGGUAUCCCUUUACCACUCAUGUAUCUUGUCCUUGCUGCUAAACAUUGUGCCCUGAAGCUGGAUGCCUUAGAACUGACCCCAUCGUUUCACAAGAUCUGUCCUAUUUUUACGUGAUGGUUCCAGAGCGUGAUGUUAGGCCCACUAAUUUGUGAUGUCAUCUCUGACCCCACCCUGCGAGGGUGACAGCUCGACACCCAGAUUUUUUGUCGGUGCCCGAGAUGAUGAGACAGACUUCCUGGAAUCAAACAUGAAUCCAUACGAGGUUGAUUUCUAUGAAGAAGAGGAAGAUGAAGAUGAGGAAGAGACGCCUCCAGAGCGUCAGAUUGUGGUGGGAAUUUGUGCCAUGACCAAGAAGUCCAAGUCAAAGCCCAUGACGCAAAUUUUGGGGCGCCUGUGCAAGUUUGAGUACAUCACUGUGGUUAUCAUGUCUGAAGACAUUAUCCUAAAUGAGCCUGUGGAGAAGUGGCCCAUUUGUGACUGCCUUAUCUCUUUCCACUCCAAAGGAUUUCCACUGGAUAAAGCUUUUGCUUAUUCAAAGCUCCGCAAUCCAUUAUUGAUCAACGACUUGGACAUGCAGUAUUUCAUUCAGGACCGGAGGGAAGUAUAUCGCAUUUUGCAGCAGGAAGGAAUAGAUCUUCCUCGAUAUGCUGUACUUAACAGAGAUCCUGACAAACCAGAUGAAUGUAACCUAGUGGAAGGUGAAGACCAGGUAGAAGUGAAUGGAGAGAUCUUCCCUAAACCCUUUGUAGAGAAGCCAGUUAGUGCUGAAGAUCACAAUGUAUAUAUCUAUUACCCAACAUCGGCAGGAGGUGGCAGCCAGAGACUCUUCAGGAAGAUUGGCAGUCGCAGCAGUGUUUAUUCUCCAGAGAGCAGUGUUAGGAAGACCGGAUCUUAUAUUUAUGAAGAAUUCAUGCCAACUGAUGGGACUGAUGUUAAGGUAUAUACCGUUGGUCCAGAUUACGCCCAUGCGGAGGCCCGCAAGUCUCCAGCUUUGGAUGGAAAAGUGGAGCGUGACAGUGAGGGGAAGGAAAUCCGUUAUCCGGUCAUGUUGACUGCCAUGGAAAAACUGGUUGCUCGUAAAGUAUGUUUGGCUUUUAAGCAAACCGUCUGCGGCUUUGACUUACUAAGAGCCAACGGGCACUCUUUUGUUUGUGAUGUCAACGGUUUCAGUUUUGUGAAGAACUCCAUGAAAUACUAUGACGACUGUGCCAAAAUACUCGGGAAUAUAAUAAUGAGGGAACUUGCUCCACAGUUUCACAUUCCCUGGUCAAUCCCAACAGAGGCAGAGGAUAUACCCAUUGUACCAACUACAUCUGGCACAAUGAUGGAGUUGCGAUGUGUAAUUGCAAUAAUUCGUCAUGGGGAUCGGACGCCAAAGCAAAAGAUGAAGAUGGAGGUUCGGCACUCUAGGUUCUUUGAGUUAUUUGAACAUCAUGAUGGGUACAAAACAGGAAAGCUCAAACUUAAGAAACCAGAGCAACUACAGGAAGUGCUCGAUAUAGCAAGACUCCUGCUAGCAGAACUUGGAGCCCAUAAUGAUAGUGAGAUCGAGGAGAGGAAAUCUAAACUGGAACAGUUGAAAACUGUGCUGGAAAUGUAUGGACAUUUCUCUGGCAUUAAUAGGAAGGUUCAGCUGACAUACUUGCCACAUGGUCAUCCAAAGACCUCCAGUGAGGAUGAAGAUGCCCGCAAGGAUUCCCCUUCUCUGUUGCUGGUUUUGAAAUGGGGUGGUGAACUUACUCCAGCUGGGCGAGUGCAAGCAGAAGAGCUUGGGCGCGCCUUUCGGUGUAUGUACCCCGGGGGGCAAGGAGAUUAUGCAGGGUUUCCAGGCUGUGGACUACUUCGACUGCACAGUACCUUCCGCCAUGACCUCAAGAUUUAUGCAUCUGAUGAAGGACGGGUACAGAUGACUGCUGCUGCUUUUGCCAAGGGUCUUCUGGCUUUAGAAGGCGAGCUUACUCCCAUUUUGGUUCAAAUGGUGAAAAGCGCAAACAUGAACGGUCUCCUGGAUAGUGACAGUGAUUCCUUAAGCAGCUGCCAACAAAGGGUGAAGGCUCGUCUCCAUGAGAUCAUGCAGAAGGAUGCAGAGUUCAUAAAGGAGGACCAGGAAAAGCUGGCCCCUACAAGCAGCAGUUCUGUCCUUAAUUCUAUGGAGUCAAUAAAGAACCCUGUGAAGACAUGCGACAAGGUGUUUGCACUCAUUGAGAGUCUCACAUGUCAGCUCCAUCAACGCUUAGAAGAUCCUAAAUUUGCAGAUCUUCAGUUAUAUCAUAGUGAGACUUUGGAGCUGAUGUUACAACGAUGGAGCAAGCUGGAGAGAGAUUUUCGCAUGAAGAGUGGACGAUAUGACAUCAGCAAGAUUCCUGAUAUUUAUGAUUGUGUCAAGUAUGAUGUUCAGCACAACAGCUCCCUUAACCUGGAAGGGACUGAUGAACUCUUCAAGCUUUCCAAAUCAUUAGCAGAUGUCAUCAUUCCUCAGGAAUAUGGCAUUAAUAAAGAGGAAAAACUGGAGAUCGCCAUGGGAUUUUGUCUUCCAUUAAUUAAUAAGAUCUUGCUGGACUUGCAGAGAACGCACGAGGAUGAGUCUGUAAAUAAACUGCACCCACUCUAUUCAAGAGGAGUCCUUUCUCCGGGGCGUCAUGUGAGAACACGUCUUUACUUCACCAGUGAAAGCCAUGUGCACUCUUUGUUGAGCCUUUUUCGUUAUGGGGGACUCUUGGAUGAGUCUAAAGAUCAACAGUGGAAAAGGGCAAUGGAUUAUUUAAGUGCCGUCUCAGAGCUAAACUACAUGACACAGAUUGUGAUUAUGCUGUAUGAAGACAACAACAAGGAUCCUUCUUCAGAAAACCGAUUUCAUGUUGAGCUUCAUUUCAGUCCAGGCGUCAAGGGCUGUGAGGAGGAUGAAAAGGCCCCUCUGGGUUUUGGCUUUCGGCCAGCAUCAGCAGAAAAUGAAGACAAAAAGACAGAUCAAGGCAGUAUGGAAGACUUAUCCAAGGUUAAAGGUAAAGAUGAGGUGGACAGAUCCAUAUUGAUGUCACCACUGCCCUCAGAGACAAUCAGCAUUCACAGGAAGUCGCCCCUUACAAGAGCUCGGAAAACGGGCUCAAUGGAGGUGCUUUCAGAGACCUCUUCGAAAUCUGGUGGUUACCGUCUCUUCACUUCAUAUGCCAGACAGCCGUCAGACAUGAAGCAGAGUGGUUUAGGAUCACAGUGCACUGGUCUGUUCAGCACCACAGUGCUGGGAGGCUCCUCCAGCGCCCCAAAUCUACAGGACUACGCACGCAGCUACCGCAAAAAAAUCAGUGCCGCUGCCAGCCUGACUUACAAAGACGAACUGUUGUCUAUGCCAGCUGUAAAAAGAUUUUCUGUGUCGUUUGCAAAGCAUCCGACUAAUGAAUGCCUGGAAGACCACGAGGUCGCCCAGCUGCUGCGUAGCUUUUCCUCUGACUACCCUCAGUCUCGGAACAUCUUUCUGGAUGGGGCCAUGGCCCACCACCUGCACCAAUGCAACUACCAUCUCCGCCUCUUCAAGAACUGGCUGAUAUCGGGCCAGGACGAUUUGGAGUGCCUCUACGGAUUUGAGGGAUGCUCAAUGGUUCCUACCAUCUACCCACUGGAGACACUUCACAACGCAUUAUCUCUCAAACAAGUCAGCGAGUUCCUAACAGACAUAUGUAAAAAGUUUGCCGAGACUCAUUCAAGAGGAUCAGCAGCAGGAUGUGACUCCAUGCUGAAUCAGUCUGCUGCAGGAGAUGUCUAUCUGCCACACAGGAUUCUCUCGUCAUCAUCACUUCCUUUACGACACCGCUCAGAGCGUCCUCCUUGGUAUAGCAGUGGUCCAUCCAGCACUGUGUCAAGUGCAGGACCUUCAUCUCCCACCAAUAUAGACCUUUCAGCACGUUUUAACUUUAAUGAAAAGACACUUAACGAAGAGCAAGGAAGAAAGGUGAAUAUUGACAAUGAAGAUACAGUCAGCAAUCAUAACACACCUCCAGCCGAAGAACCUCUGAAGAAUGACCCCUUGUGUCUGUCACUACUGCCUCUUUGUGACAUGCCAACAGCAUCACAGCCUUGUGUGGAAGAUGAGGCUCCUUCUGAAACAGAACCAGCAGGUGAAGACUCACUUCCAAAUGAAGAUCCUAUAGCUGCUACGACUUCUACAAUAUGGAACAGGGACUCUGAUGAUCAAGUACUUCAGCAGACGGCGCUAAAUGAGCGACUGUUAACAGAGCUAUCCAUACACGCAAAGGAAACCUCACUUUAAAUCAUAGAUUAAUGGUAUCAGUCCCAAUGUGGUUCAAACAGUAGAGACAAUUUCCCGUCAG